GCUUUAACAUUGGGAUCAGUUGUCACCGGCGGUUGAGAGGAGUGAGAAUUUAAACCCAAAAUCUUCAAACAUAUGGAAACAAGGCAUUGCAGUUGGGAUUAUAAGUUCGAAGGCACAUGUGGAGACGUUUUUGCCAGUGGCUAAUUGUAUGUUGUGGAUUUAGCUGUUGAAGAUGUCUCAGCGAGGAUUUUCGGGAAAUGUUUCUCCAGAUCUUCAUGAAACCAGAUCUGAAGACCUUAUUGACCAUGAGAUGAGAGAAAGUGAAAAUUUUGUAUUUUGUUCGGAUCUUCCACUUUCAGUGCCUGAACAGGGAUUAGAUAAAAAGUCAUUUUCAGACCUUUUAGACAGAGUCACACCUGAGGACCCUUUUGGACACUGGCUGGAUGAAAGUGUAAAUUUGGAGGUUUACCCAAAUUUGUCACAUUCGGUAGUAUGGGAAAAUAUUGUAAUAAAUACUGGAGCAUCUCAUGGAACACUUCAAGACAUCAAACUCCCAGAGUAUUCAGGAGGGCACACGUUUGUGGCAUGUGGUGUGCGGCGCAGCCUCUUCUGGCGUGUCAACCACGACACCCUGGAGCUGACGGAGGAGUCGACCGACGUGGACAUACUGAACGGUCACCUGCGCCUACACUUCCGCGACUCGCCCAUUUUGGAGGGCAUCACAGCGCACGAGACGCGGUCAGCGCUGGUCCUGCUGCUGGCCACCGUCAGCAGUGUGCACCGGCUGCGGCUGGAGCUGCCCAGCCAGCCGGCCGGCCAGCAGCCGACCAGCGUCACCUCGCUGCUGCACCAGCUCAGUGCCAAGGGCCUGCGCCAGCCGGACGCCAUGCACGUGCUCGAGGGCCAAGCCAACGCGCCGCCACCACCGCACACGGCCGCCAGCUGGCUGCUACCGUCCGGGGAGGCUGUGUUCCUGCUGGCGGCGCCCGGCGGCGGCGGCCAGGUGGUGCACUACCUGGGCUCGGGACCGGGUCCGCUGGCCGCCUCGCACGAGCUGCAAACGGGCUCGAUGGUCGGUCGCCUGUUCGGCUUCUUCUCGGACAGCAGCCAGCAGCGUGUGGACGCGGUGCUAGUGCUGCCCGGCGCGGUGCCGCUGUUCGUGCUGGUGCGUGCGGCGGAGGUGCGGGGCGCCUGGCAGCUGGAGCACGAGGCCACUGUGUGCGCGCCCGACCACGACCUCAUCGACUUCGCCCUCACCGAAGACGCGCUGUGGGCGCUGUGGACCACGGCCGAGGCCGAGACGCAGCUGCGCUACUGGCCGCUGUCGGCGGACGCGCCGCCGCCGGCCGUGCACGUCACCGCCUCCACGCACCUCAGCCAGGCCUAUCUGCGCCACAUCUUCCACCCGGGCAGGUUCCAGACGAGCACCAUUCAGCGUGCUGUGAGCAUCUACAGCCGGAGUGAGUGCACGGAGACGGAGGGGCUGCGCGCGGCGGUCGUGGCCACGGUGGAGGCCGAGAUUCAGCAGUCUGCCUCCGACUACCAGCUGGCGGCGGCCGAGUACCACCAGCUGGCGCUGGCCGCCUGGGACGCCUUCUACUCGGCCUGUCUGCAGUACCACCAGGUGGCCACCAAGCCGCUGGGCCUGAGCGUCGACCCGGCGUCGGCCCAGGUGGCCGUGGUACGCCAGGCGUUCGUCAGCUACGUGCGGCCGGCCGACCUGGUGGAGCAGCUGUGGCUGGCGGAGCCGGCCGAACCCGAGGACGGCACUCAGCGCGGCGCCGACCCCCGCGCCGAGCAACGGCGGCUGGUGCAGUGCUGCCGCCUGCUGGAGACGCACAUCAGCACUCAGCUGGCGGCGGCCGUGCGCCAGGACCUGGCGCACCUGCAGACGCCCGACGCCAUCGCGCUCUCGGUGGUGGACGCCAUCUCAGAGGAGCCCGAGUUCGCCGAGUUCCGCGACCUGCUGGCCGAGCGGGUGCGCGGUAUCUCGCACCUGACGGACGCCCUCUCCACACUGCUGACGCUCUUACAGGUGCGCGACAGCGAGCUGCCGCCAACGGCAGUCGCCGACCAAACGUGGUUCAGCAGUCGGCUGGGCGGCGGCCUGCUGGCGGCUAGCGUGGAGCAGUCGCUGCGCGUCCGCUUCAGCCUCAGCCUCGACCUGGUGCUGCUGGAGACGCUGAUGCUGAAGCUGGCCAGGCGCUGUGGGCUGACGGGCGACGAGGAGAUGGAGCUCAGUGCCAAGUUCCUGCCCGAGACGGUGAUCCAGGUACAGGCGUACUUCGCGCUGCUUUGGCUGGUAGAGACGCCCGCCGAGCCGGUCAGCGGCGACCGUCAGGAGGGCGCGCUGCGCCAGCUGGCGGCGCUCUGCGUGGAGGAGGCGUCGCCGCUGCUGCCGGCGCUGGCCACUGCCGUGACGCGGCUCGUCUGGCCCGUCAGCCGACAGAGUGCGCUGCCCGAGCUGCUGCUGGCCACCUGCCAGCACGCGGCGCUGCGCGAGUACGUGCGCCUACACCAGGCCUGGUGCGACUGGAACUCGGCCUCGCGCUGCCUGCUGCUGGGCCUGGCUCUGCUCAAUCUCGGCCAGCCCGACAAAGCGUGCGACAUGUUCGUGUCGUCCGCGGACGCCGUCGGCAAGGACGAGCCGCUGCUGGUGCGCCUGCUGCGCCUGGAGCCGGCCGCCGAUGAGCCGCAUUCGCGCCUGCUCGUGCGCUACUACCUGCGCAUCAUCCAGCUGCUGGAGCUGCACCAGCUGCCUGACUGGGUGCUGGAGCUGGCCACGGCCGGCAUAGACGUGGCGCUGGACGACGACCCGAACGUGGCCACGCUCUGGUCCAUCGUGUUCAAGUACCGCCUGCGGCUGGGCCACGUGACGGAGGCGUACGCCGCGAUGAACAGCAACCCGGAGCAGUCGCGGCGCCGCGACUGCCUGCGCCAGCUGGUGGUCACGCUGCACGAGCGGCGCGACCUGGCCACGCUGGUGCGGCUGCCGUACGUGGACAUGCUGCACGACGUGGUGACCAUCCUGGAGGGCCGCGCGCGCGCCUCCGAGCCGCUCACUUCGCGCUUCUAUGACGUGCUGUACGCGUUCCACGUGCACCGCGACAACUACCGCAAGGCCGGCACGGUGAUGUACGAAUGCGGCCGACGGCUGGCCGGCGAGCCGGAUGGCCUGCAGCGACAAGCCGAGUGCUACAGCGCCUGCGUUAACGCGCUGCAGCUGGUCAAGCCCGAGUACGCCUGGAUCGUGCGGCCGGAGGGCGAGGCCGGGGACGGAGCCGGCGGCGUGGCUGUGCUCACGCUUGACGAGAUCCGGCGCGAGGCGCAGCUGGUGGCGGCGCGCCACGCCAUGCAGGUGGCGCGCGCGCACCAGCUCAGCGCCGAGCCAGUGGCGCGUGAGCUGGCCGCCGCGCUGGCGGCCGGCGCCGGCGACGGCACCGCCUGGCAGUGGCUCGGCCGGAACGAGCUGCCGCUGGAGCUGCGCCGCGACACGCCCGUGUACGCAGCCCUGCACGAGGGGCUCAGCGGCCGGCUGCAGGCGUACCAGCAGACGCUGGGACGCGUCUCCGCCGACAUGGCCGCCGUCCGCUAG